AUGAUUGAUGAUGAGGUCAGCAGACUGCUCUCUGUCCCGCCCCUGGUGGCAGCACUCAGCUCACAGUGCAAGCCUAACGUGUGUAAGGAGCAGGAGCUCUCCAUGACCGGCCUGAGGCACCUGCCUAACGUGUGUAAGGAGCAGGAGCUCUCCAUGACGGGCCUGAGGCAGCCGUGUGUGCAGGCGUUCACUCGGAUGGUGAAGGUCUGGAAGCAGGGCUGCACUGGUCACCGGUGGUGUGUGGGGUAUGAGAGGAGGACAGCAUACUACACAGCCUACAGGCAGGUGUACAAUAUGGGGGUUCACACAGUGUACCGGUGCUGUCCGGGGUGGACCCAGCAGGGAGAGGAGAAGGGCUGCCUUCACAGGGUAUGUUCCGCAGGCACAUGCUUUAAUGGGGGCAGGUGUUCGGAGAGCGGGGCACUGGUGUGUGAGUGUCCAGCAGGGUUUCAGGGAACGCGCUGCCAAUACGAUGUCAACGAAUGUACGGUGGACAACGGAGGCUGUGGGGGUCAGUGCUGCAACACCAUCGGCAGCUUCUACUGCAAGUGUCCCGCGGGCCAGCGGCUUGGCCAGGACGGCAAAGCAUGCCAGGAUGAGGACGAGUGUGAGGAGCUGAACGGAGGCUGCCAGCAGACCUGUUUGAACACGGUCGGGUCGUUCUCCUGCGAAUGCAGCGAGGGCUUCCGCCUGCACACUGACGCCCGCACAUGCAUCGCGGUGAACUCCUGCUCUGUGAAAAAUGGCGGCUGUGAGCACCGGUGUCUGGACAUGGGGAACGACCACUACAAGUGUGAGUGUCGACGGAACUACCAGCUGAAGAGAGACGGCAAGCACUGCGAGUUGAAGGACCCCUGUGUGUAUAGCAAUGGGGACUGUGCACAGCACUGCAGCAGUGAGGACGGCCUGGCUGUGUGCAGCUGCAGCUCUGGGUACAGGCUGGCCUCCGACCGCAAAGGCUGUGAAGACAUCGAUGAGUGCAGCUCAGGGCAGGCGCGAUGCGCGCAUCGCUGCGUCAACAUCCCGGGCUCCUUCAGCUGCGUCUGCAACCCCGGGUUCGAGCUGGGAGCCGACGGGAAACAGUGCUACCGCAUCGAGAUGGAGAUCAUCAACAGCUGCGAGAAGAGCAACGGGGGCUGCUCCCACCACUGCGAGCACACCACCAACGGCCCCCUCUGCUCCUGCAACCACGGCUACCAGCUGACCGCCGACAGGAAGAGCUGCGUAGACAGUGCUGAGUGUGAGAGUGGAGAGGCCUGCUGCAGCCAGUACUGUAAGAACUACCCCGGGGGGUACGAGUGCAGCUGCAGGGCGGGGUACAGACUCAGCCCCGACGGCUGUGGCUGUGACGACGUGGAUGAGUGUUUGGCAGAGACCUCUAGCUGUGAGCACUUCUGUGUGAACACCCUGGGGACCUUCGAGUGUCUCUGUCGAGUAGGGUUUCGUCUGGACUACAACCAGCGCUCGUGUGUUCCUCUUUACGACAGUGAUCCGAAUGAAGAGGAGGAAGGUGAGGAGGGAGAGGAGGAGGAGCUGGAGGUGGUGAGACUGCCGGGCCUGCUGUUCCGCAGACCGCCCCAGCUCCUGCACUACACCUUCAAUGACGAGGACGAGGACGAGGACGAGGACGAGCCCCGGGAGCACCUGCGGGGGGAGCUGUCCCUGCUCAGCCGGAUCGUGUGUCUGGAUGACACUUUCGGUGAUGACUGCAGCCUGACUUGUGGGGACUGUGAAAAUGGGGCGUUGUGUAAUCCAAACAGAAAUGGCUGUGACUGCUUACCUGGAUGGACCGGCAUCACCUGCAAUCAGACCUGUCCACAGGGCACGUUCGGCCCCUCCUGUAACAGUAUCUGUCGAUGUCGGAACGGCGGCUCCUGCGACCCCGUGACCGGAAGGUGCCGCUGCCCCCCGGGGGUCCAGGGGACGUUCUGCGAGGACGGCUGCCCUCAGGGGUAUUUUGGGAAGAACUGCCUGCGUCGGUGCAAGUGCCCCAACAACGGCCGCUGUCACAGGCUGUACGGGGCGUGCCUGUGCGCCCCGGGACUGUAUGGGCGGUUCUGCCACCUGUCUUGCCCGCGGUGGAGCUACGGCAUAGGCUGCUCAGAGGAGUGCCAGUGCACGGUGGAGAAUUCCCUGGGCUGUGACGCCAAGAACGGGACCUGCACCUGCAAGCCUGGUUUCCAGGGCGACGCCUGUCAGAGAGGCUGUGCUUCGGGGUUCUUCGGGGCCGGAUGCGCACAGCGCUGUGACUGUGAUGUCGGGGUGUCGUGUGACCCCCACAGCGGCCUCUGCACACAGAGCUGCCCCCCAGGCUUCCACGGGGAGCGAUGUGACACAGCCUGCGGAGCUGGACACUUUGGAGAGAACUGCCAGCAGGAGUGUGAGUGCGGGGGUGCGUCCUGUGACCCCCAGACUGGCCGGUGCAUCUGCCCUGCUGGGAAGACUGGGUCUACAUGCCAGCACGACUGCCCUGAAGGAUUCUGGGGCAUCAACUGCCAGCUGCCCUGUGCCCCCUGCGGGAAUGGGGGGUCCUGCAACACACAGACAGGCCAUUGCGUCUGCACACCAGGGUUCACCGGAAAGUACUGCCACAACACCUGUCCCUCUGGGCGUCACGGGCAGGACUGCGCACACCUGUGCACCUGCCACGCAGACGCCCGCUGUGACCCAGCCACUGGGGAGUGCUCCUGUCCUCCAGGGCGCACCGGCCGCCACUGCAACACCUUAUGUGAGGUGGGGUACUGGGGCGUGGCAUGCACCAGGCUGUGCCAGUGUGCCAACCGUGCCCUGACCUGUGACCCUGUGAGUGGGCACUGUGCGUGCGAGGCGGGGUACAGCGGGGACCACUGUGAGCACAAGUGUCCUGAGGGCAGGUAUGGGCUGGGCUGUGAGCUGGCCUGUCAGUGUCAGAAUGGGGCCAGCUGUGAUCAUGUGAGCGGAGCCUGCACCUGCCUGGCUGGCUGGGCCGGGACCCACUGCGAGAGAGCGUGCCCGGCCGGCUUUUACGGCCUCGACUGCGGCCAGAUGUGCGAGUGCAGGAACGGUGCCCGCUGCCACCACAUCACAGGGGCCUGCCACUGCACCGCGGGCUGGGCCGGAGCCCAGUGCACUCUGGCGUGUGAGGAGGGGCGAUACGGGGAAGGAUGCUCACAGACCUGUGGAUGUCUGAACGGAGGGUCAUGUGACCGACAGACUGGAGAGUGCACCUGUCUCCCGGGGUGGACUGGGGAUCAAUGUCAGACAGCCUGUGUGCCAGGGUUUUACGGGAGCGGCUGCACUCGGCGGUGCGAGUGCCCGGUCGGGGCGUCCUGCCAUCAUGCGACGGGGGUGUGCGGGUGCCCUGCGGGCUACUUUGGGAGGGGCUGCACACAGGCUUGUCCCACUGGUACAUUUGGUCACAACUGUACAGAACUGUGUACAUGCUCUGGGGAGCAUGCGCAGUGCCACCCAGCCACAGGGGAGUGCACCUGUCAACCUGGUUACCAUGGAGAGCACUGCAAACUCAGGUGUCAGGUGGGGACCUACGGGUUACACUGUAGGGAGAAAUGCAGAUGUGCCAACGGGGGGCGCUGUGACCCCUCCACAGGCACAUGCGAAUGUCGGCCUGGCUUCACUGGGGCCGAAUGUAGCCAAGAAUGUCCAGCCGGAUACUACGGAAGAGACUGUGCCCUGCUGUGCGUCUGUGGUGAUGGGGGACACUGCCACCCAGUGACAGGGAGGUGUGUCUGUGCCCCAGGCAGGACGGGACAGUCCUGUCAACAAGCAUGCCCCAGGGGGCGCUAUGGAGAAGAGUGCCGCCAUAUCUGCGCCUGUCAGAACGGGGCUGUUUGUGACCCCCGGGACGGGACCUGCAGUUGUGGGCUGGGCUGGACCGGGACUCGCUGUGAAACGGCGUGUGUCUCUGGGAAAUACGGAGCCAACUGCGAGCAGAGCUGCACGUGCCACAACAACGGGUCCUGUGACCGAUUCACGGGCUGCUGUCAGUGCAGUGCCGGGCACUACGGACACUCCUGCCAGCACAGAUGUCCAUCUGGAUUUUUCGGGCAGAACUGCAUCCGCCGUUGUGAUUGCAGGAAUGGCCAAGUGUGCCACCAUGUGACUGGAGAGUGCCUGUGUCCCCCUGGCUUCAAUGGGUCUCAGUGCCAGAAACGGUGUGAGGCAGGCAGGUUUGGGGAGAGCUGCCAGCAGCAGUGUGACUGCGAUGGUGCAGGUCCCUGCCAUCCUGUCACAGGACAGUGCCUGUGCCCCCCGGGGAGGACGGGAGACAGAUGUGAGAGAGAUUGUGCAGAUAACCGCUUUGGUCCUGGCUGCUCCCUGUGGUGCCAGUGCAGUCCUCGGGCGCGCUGCGAUGCUCGUAAUGGCCGCUGCAUGUGCCCUAUCACCUGGAUGGGGCCCACCUGCACAGAAGGGGGAGCCCCAGAACCUACCCAGGAGUACACGCAGCUGCAGGGGGGGUCAGGCUGAGGGUUCACAGCCCUAGUCCUGCUGCAGCCAUUGUGGACCUCAACUUCUCUGGAUCACCAGGCAGCUACAUCCCCUCCUACAAAAAUACCAAAAGAGGAAGAGCAGUUCUGUGACAGGGGGGCAGGGGCAGAGCUGUUUCUUUACAUUAAUGCACAGUGUGUCAUCUGUGGAAUACAGGGCUUCACCGUUGAAGGAGACUAUUCUGCCACUAAAACAACUGCGCAACAGCAUGUGACAACAAAGUGCUACUCAGACCUAAAAGGCUAUAAAACUGACCCACUCACAGUGACCACAACUCAAUGCCACAUACCCCCCUACCUCCAUAGCAAAGCACACACCUGAACACCAAUGAAGACCACUAAUUCCUGAAGACCAAGCCCCCAAAACCUGGCAUAUAAACUCCAUAUUAGUAGGCUGAACUGAGAUAUUACUCAUGUAAAUACUUUGGGAUAUUGUUCCUAGUAUCACCCAUUAAUAACCGCAAUAGUCUUCAGUGUGUUGAAAGAUACUUCUCCUGUGGCCGAGUACAGUAGCAGCAUAAAGGAACGAUUCUCCCUUACCCUAUGUUGUACAUUUCUUUAAGGAGUUUUUGUCACAACUGCAAGUGGCACAAACAAUGCUGUGAAUACCUAUGUAACUUGAAAUAAUAUCAUAUUCUAUCUAUGAAGGGGCCAAACCAUAUUGAAGGGCUAAUAUCUGUGCCUUGUACUUGUAUAUCUUUCCCGUUAAGUGUUUUGUGUAAAUAUUCUGUUGUUUACAGAUUGUUAUCAAUUAGUAGAAGACAGCUAUGUAUAACAAUUGCAAUAAGACCCAUCACUUGGUUUUUGUAUUUGGUGUGUCAGUAUGUCAAUAUCUAUAAAUGACAUACUGAUUCUUAUAUAAACCUCAACAUUUGUACAUACUGUAUGGAAAAUUUUACAAUACUGUUUCACUGAGGAUAUUUUUUACCAGUGUUUUUCUCAGGACUUUAACCAUCA